AUGUUCUAAGCUGUACAGUGUACAAUUUAGUAGAAUUAUACUUUAUAAGUUUUAUCCGCAAAUCGGAUAAAUAAAGAAUUGAUCCUUCUGCGGACUAAAAAUUCAUGUUACCUAUGUCGAGAGUAUUAUGUAAAUAGAAAAUCAUUACAUUAUAAGUCAUGUUAAAAGAUAAGGGUGAAGUUACCUUCGAGGAUAAGUGGCCGUCGAUGAGGCCGAUCGUUCUUAAGCUAUUAAAACAGGAACCAGUCACGCAAAUUGAAUGGCAAGAUUUGUUUGCCGCCGUUCAUUCCGUAUGCCUUUGGGAUGAGAGAGGUCCCUACAAGUUGCGGGAUGCUUUGCAACAAGACAUUAUGAUGUAUAUUAAACAAGCUCAAGCUCGUGUUCUUGCACAACGCGAAGACCAAGCUCUUCUUAAAGCAUACAUAGCCGAAUGGGGGAAAUUUUUCACACAGUGCAAUUAUCUUCCAACACCUUUUCGCCAGUUGGAGAAUUCAAUUAAUAAUAUAACUAAAGGGACUAGCUCAAAUUCAUCAAACCCACAAAAACAAAAUAACAACAAUAACAUAGACGACAGCCUGGUAAGAAAGUUAAUGUUAGACUCAUGGAAUCAAAGUAUCUUCAUGGAUAUUAAACAGAGGUUACAAGAUUCAGCUAUGAAACUAGUACAAGCAGAGCGUAAUGGAGAAUCAUUUGAUUCACAACUUGUGAUAGGUGUUAGAGAAUCAUAUGUGAAUCUGUGCUCAAAUUCCACUGACAAACUUCAAAUAUACAGGGAACAUUUUGAAGCUGCUUACAUGGAGGCUACAGAAGAAUUCUAUAAUUUUAAAGCUAAUGAACACCUACUCUCAAAUGGUGUACAAUCAUACAUGAAAUAUGCAGAUUUACGUUUAAAAGAAGAAGAAGCUAGGGCUCACAGGUACUUGGAGCCAGGCAGUGGUAGUGUAGCUGCACUUACACAGUGUUGUGAAAGAGUACUUAUUGGAGAACACCUUCCAACACUGCUAGCUGAGAGUGCACCCUUAAUAAAAGCUGGUGAAACUGAAAAGUUACAACUAAUGUUCCGACUUCUUGAUAGAAUCCCAGAUGGUGUGAUACCUAUCUUAAGGGACUUAGAAGCUCAUAUAGUUUCUUCGGGCUUAGCAGACAUGGUAGCAUCUGCUGAUAUUAUAACAACUGAUUCAGAGAAGUAUGUAGAAAGGUUGUUAGAUCUGUUUAAACGAUUUAGUACAUUGGUCAAAGAUGCUUUCUUGGAUGAUCCAAGAUUCUUAACAGCUAGGGAUAAGGCAUACAAAUGUGUUGUAAAUGACACAACUGUUUUCAAAUUAGAGCUUCCAUCAUCAGCUCUUAUUCGGGGCAGUAAAGGCACAGCACCAGAAAGUAAGUGUCCUGAAUUGCUGGCUAAUUAUUGUGAUAUGUUACUCCGUAAAACACCACUUAGUAAACGCUUAACAAGUGAUCAGAUAGAAUCUCGGCUGAGGGAUGUACUAUUAGUACUAAAAUACAUUGAAAAUAAGGAUGUCUUUAUGAGAUAUCAUAAAGCUCACUUAACAAGAAGAUUGAUAUUGGAUUCUAGUGCAGAUUCUGAAAAAGAAGAAGAUAUGGUUGAAUGGCUCAGGGAAGUCGGAAUGCCUGCAGAUUAUGUAAAUAAGUUAGCUCGCAUGUUCCAAGAUAUUAAAGUUAGUGAAGACCUCAAUACUCAAUUCCGUGGUGAAACAACUCGUCAUGAUGCAAUUAAUAUUAAAAUUUUAAAUGCUGGCGCUUGGGCUAGAGGUUCAGAAAGAGUGACAGUUAGCUUACCUUUGGAAUUAGAAGAUUACAUUCCAGAGGUGGAAGAAUUUUAUAAAAAGAAACACUCUGGAAGAAAACUUCAGUGGUACCAUCACAUGAGUAAUGGUACAAUUACUUUUGCUAAUGCUGUCGGAAGAUUUGACCUUGAUGUCACUACUUUUCAGAUGGCAGUCCUUUUUGCCUGGAAUCAAAGGCCAAUGGAGAAAAUAACGUACGAAAAUUUAAGACUCGCUACAGAAUUACCUGACCCAGAGUUACGCCGAACAUUAUGGUCAUUGGUAGCAUUUCCUAAACUUAAACGGCAAUUGCUAUGUUACAAUCCAAUUGUACAAAAUCCUAAAGACUUCUCCGAGAAUACAAUUUUUUGGGUCAAUCAAGAAUUUGCAUUGGUAAAAAAUGCAAAACCGCAAAGGAGAGGGAAGAUUAAUUUAAUUGGGCGACUUCAAUUAAGUACAGAAAGAUCUCAAAUAGAAGAUAACCAUUCAAUUGUUCAGUUAAGAAUACUUAGAACUCAGGAAGCUAUUAUUAAAAUCCUGAAAAUGCGCAAACGCAUUACUAAUACAGCUUUACAGAGUGAAUUAGUGGAAAUUUUAAAGAAUAUGUUUCUACCUUCCAAAAAAAUGAUAAAGGAACAGUUGGAAUGGCUGAUUGAACAUAAAUAUAUGCAAAGAGACGAUGAUGAUAUAAACACAUUUAUAUACAUGGCCUAGAAAUCGUAUAAUAAUGUUCUGACAUGAAUGAAAUUAAAUAAAUUAUUAUAUUAAUCAGAA